AGGCGCGCUCCGGGCGGAGCUGAGCGGGCGGGCCGGGGCGGAGCGGAGGUCCGCAGAGCAGCCCCUCCCGGCCUCGGCCGACCCCGGCCCCGGCCCGCAGCCCCUCCGGCCUCGGCCGACCGGCCCCCGGCCCGGCUCUAUGGACAGGAGCUCUUUGCUGCAGCUCAUCCAGGAGCAGCAGCUAGACCCUGAAAAUACAGGCUUCAUCGAGGCAGACACCUUUGCUGGUCUGGUGCAUAGCCAUGAGCUGCCCCUGGACCCAGCCAAGUUGGACAUGCUGGUGGCCCUGGCUCAGAGCAACGACCGGGGCCAGGUCUGCUACCAGGAGCUGGUAGACCUGAUCAGCAGUAAGCGCUCCAGCAGCUUCAAGCGGGCCAUCGCUAAUGGACAGCGAGCUCUGCCCCAGGAUGGCCUGCUGGACGAGCCGGGCCUGGGCGUCUACAAGCGGUUUGUUCGCUACGUGGCCUAUGAGAUCCUGCCCUGUGAGGUGGACCGCCGCUGGUACUUCUACCGGCACCGCAGCUGCCCACCCCCUGUGUUCAUGGCCUCUGUCACCCUUGCCCAGAUCAUCGUGUUCCUGUGCUAUGGAGCGCGCCUCAACAAGUGGGUGCUACAGACCUACCACCCUGAGUAUAUGAAGAGCCCCCUGGUGUACCACCCUGGGCACCGUGCUCGGGCCUGGCGCUUCCUCACCUACAUGUUCAUGCAUGUUGGGCUGGAGCAGCUGGGGUUCAAUGCCCUACUACAGCUGAUGAUUGGUGUGCCCUUGGAGAUGGUGCAUGGCCUGCUCCGAAUCAGCCUGCUCUACUUGGCCGGUGUGCUGGCAGGCUCCCUGACGGUCUCCAUCACUGACAUGCGGGCCCCCGUGGUGGGGGGCUCUGGCGGGGUCUAUGCCUUGUGCUCAGCACACUUGGCCAACGUUGUCAUGAACUGGGCUGGGAUGAGAUGUCCCUACAAGCUGCUGAGGAUGGUGCUGGCUCUGGUGUGCAUGAGCUCCGAGGUGGGCCGGGCUGUGUGGCUGCGCUUCUCCCCACCACUGCCCGCCUCGGGCCCACAGCCCAGCUUCAUGGCACACCUGGCUGGUGCAGUGGUGGGGGUGAGCAUGGGCCUCACCAUCCUGCGCAGCUACGAGGAGCGCCUGCAGGACCAGUGCGGCUGGUGGGUGGUGCUGCUGGCCUAUGGCACCUUCCUGCUCUUCGCCAUUUUCUGGAAUAUCUUUGCCUACGACCUGCUGGGUGCCCACAUUCCCCCACCACCUUGACCUGACCCCCUGGGCCACACGGGCUGAGGUCUGGCAUGCAGCGGGCUGGCCAGCAGGUGGGCCUGCAUGUCUGCCCUUUGUGAGUGGACACCUCAGGGCAGCUUCUCCCAGCAGGGACAGGUGGGCCCUAUGGUCUUUGUAGUUGAAGUCAGGCUUUGCUGCUGCAGCCCUGGCUGCUCCCUCCCAGGUCUUGGGGGGGGGGGGUGCCAGACCACAAUGGAGUGGACAUCCCUGGAAAGGGCCCCGCAGGAAACCUUUGUCCCCAGGACUUGCAGUCUGAGCCUUUUUGGAGAAUGAAUAAAUAUUUUACAUGACA